AUGCAAAGGGCUUUAAGGGACGAUUUUGCCAGGAAAUUGGUAGAGCCUGUAGAAACAGUUUGUUUAGAUUCUCCCCAAAAUUCCAUCGAGUAUGAAUUUAUAGUAGAUGAAUAUCAAGGAAACGCCGCUGAGGAACUAGGGGUAGAUCCAAGAGACAAAGAAAUUCUACCAGAAUCUGAGUCACGAGCUGAGACAACACGUGAACAAACUGUCAUUGGAGAAGCUCAGAAAAAUAUUCAAGGCCCAAAUCGAAAAAGGAAAGCCCGUAUUACUCAGAGGAACAUUAAGAAAUCGACAAUGGAAUAUUUGGAGGAAAAAAAUUCAUCAAAAACGACAUUGAAAGAAAAAGAAUUGGAAGUAGAGGAAAAAAGACUGCAAUUGGAAAGGGAAAAGUUAGAAUUUGAAAAGGAGAAAUUUGAAAUGGAGAAACAAGAGAGAAAAGCUCUGAUGCAGCUUUUGGAAAAACAGCAGCUUUUCCUGACUGGUUUGAUGGAGACUGUUAUUGCUAAAAACAUUACAUUCACAUAGUUUAAAAAACCCCUCUCAAUGAUACUUUAAAAAAGUUGAUUAUUACCAAUGCUCAUUAUUUACAUUGACAUACUGUGUAGGCACUUGUUUUCUUUAAUAUUGAUUUUAUGUUCUGUUAUUUCUGUUUCUUUUUUUUUUAGAAAGUUGAU